AUGCUCCUCAGAGAGUCCUGUGCUGCCUAUAGUCGCCACCUCGGCCAUUGUCGGCUAGCACGAGGUCCGAGCAGCGCCUGUAGCCCCUUUGCCGUCUCACUACCACUCCUAGGCAGCCCAGCUUCAUCUUCACCUUCCUCCUCCUCCUCAUCCUGCUGUGGCUACGCAACUGUCGCCUCUUCCAGCUCCUCAUCGUCCCAGCUAGCUUUUCCUUCUCACCUCUCCAAUCCAGGGCCGUACGAGAUCUUCCAUUUGCCCCGGACUGCGAGCCAUGCAGAGGUCAAGGACAGGUACUACGACCUAGUCAAGCUUCUUCAUCCGGAUCGUCGCUCUGCCACGGCUUCCAACAGCAGCAGCAGUGGCAGUGGCAGUGGUGAUGCAGAUGGAGCAAAGUCAAGUAGAGCGACGGAAAAGGGCAAGGCAAAGGCCGAUUCGGAGCAAGAAGUCAUCGUCGAGGAGUUCCGCAAGGUAGUCAAGGCAUACGAGCUCCUCUCUGAUACUCGCAAGCGCAGUGCAUUCGACCGGUAUGGUCUAGGCUGGGAUGGUGGGAGCUCUUCUGCUUCUUCCUCCUUUGGACCCAACGUGGCCGAGUGGCAGGAGCUACAGCGUCGUCGUGCCUUCACUACUGCCUCUGGACCUCAAAACGACGGGUUCUGGCACGGGUACGGGGGCGAUCCUCGCACGAGGUUCCGGCCCUGGCAAGCACCACACGAUCAAUCGGGUUGGCAACGUGAGGCUGGGUCUUCCUAUUCAAACUUUUACUCUUCCUCUAGUGGACCAAAAGCAGCAUGGAAUGGAGGUGGAGCGGGAUUCUAUGAACAUAAUAUGGGUGCGGCAGGAGCGGGGCCGCGCUAUGCCUCCAAUCGACGCUUCUUUGCCGCCGUGGCUAUGGUCACUUGGACGCUAGCCCUUUUCCAAUUCCACAGACUGGGACUACAGAGCGAUCAGGCCGUCACGCAUGCAGAGCGUAGACAUCUAGAUGCGGUGGAGAGUUUGGAAGAGGCGAGAAGGAGGGCUCGGAGUGAGGAGGGGAGGAAGAGGUACGAGGCGCUACGCACUAGGGCGAGGGAGAAUAGAGUUUUGGAGCAGGUGGAGAGGUUGGAGAUGAGGAGUCAGGAACAGCAGCAGACACAGGGACAUGGGUACCAGCAUCUGCUGCCUGCGCCAGGCGCUGAAGGGGUGGGCAUGCAAGGGGAGAGGAUAUGA